UUACAGUCCGGUUAAAAUUCAUGCAUUCGUUUUGAUACUACUAAUACACACUCCAUAACGCCGCACGUUCACAUUCAUUGUCGGUGCUCUGCAAUCAAUCGCAUGCGAAUAUACCGGAUCGGCUGCUACUACUACAACUACUAUUACUACUGUGCAAACCAAUUCUCACUGUAAAAGAACAAUCCGAAAAGGAUAUCAUCAGGAGGCUGUUUCAUGAGGAUUCGGACGACGACAUGAGCUCGCAACAGACCAACUUGGCUUUCGAACCGGACGAUGCCUUCACGAAAUGUACCAAUGAUACCGGUGGUAAAACCAAAAAGGAUCUUUACACUCUAGACGUCAAGGAUACCAAAUCCAGAUUCGAUGAGUACGAUCCGUACGAACAUAGGACCGUGGAACGCCCAACAACGAAUACGGAAACUCUUCUGCAUCUGCUGAAGGGCAGUCUCGGUACCGGCAUUCUAGCGAUGCCGAAAGCAUUCCACCAUUCCGGUUACAUUUUCGGUCUCGUCGGGACGAUAAUCAUAGGGUUAAUCUGCACGUACUGCAUACAUUUAUUGGUGAGAGCUGAAUAUGUGCUGUGCAAGAGGAAGAAGGUGCCCAGCAUGACGUACCCAACAACGGUAGAGGAGGCCUUCGCCAAUGGACCAUUACCAUUGAGAAAGUUCGCUCCGUACUCUGGCCACAUGGUCAAUGCAUUCCUGCUGAUCUACCAAAUAGGCACGUGCUGCGUUUACAUAGUCUUCAUCGCCGAGAACAUCCAGGCCGUUCAGAAAGUCUACUCGGAGAAAAUAAGCCUUGUGUAUUUGAUGCUGAUGUUCCUUCUCCCUCUGAUCUUGCUGAACUGGGUGCGAAAUCUGAAAUUGCUUGCACCGUUCUCCACUCUGGCCAAUCUGAUCACCCUGGUCAGUUUCGGUAUAGUUCUGUACUUCCUGAUCGAUGAGGGUCCGACCUUCAAGGACCGAGAACCGCUCGGAGAAGUGGAAAAUCUUCCGCUCUUCUUUGGAACGGUUCUCUUUGCCUUGGAAGCAAUCGGCGUCAUCAUGCCUUUGGAGAACGAAAUGAAAACGCCGAAAUCGUUCGGUGGAGGCUGCGGUGUACUGAACAGUGGAAUGUUUACAAUCAUCUUCUUGUACGUCGGAAUGGGUCUCCUAGGUUACCUGACGUACGGUGAAGCCGUUGAAGGUACAAUCACGACCAGCCUUCCAGUUGAAAAUAUAUUGGCUCAAGUUGUUAUGCUGAUGUUGGCUCUCGCUAUUUUCAUCACUUACGCUCUGCAAUGCUACGUGGCCGUCGACAUCACGUGGAACGAGUACUUGGCUCCAAGGGUGUCCAAGGGCAAACGCAAACUGUUCUACGAAUACUGCAUCAGAACUUUGAUUGUACUCAUCACUUUUGGAAUCGCAGCUGCUGUACCUGAACUGGACCUCUUCAUCUCGUUGUUCGGAGCUCUCUGUCUGUCCGCAUUGGGCAUAGCGAUCCCAGCUCUCGUGGACAUGUGCACUUAUUGGCACGAUUACGAAGGUGGUCGCUUCUAUUUCGGCGUCAUCAAGAACCUUCUGAUCGUCACCUUCGGCAUCUUCGGUCUGAUCGUCGGCACCUACACGAGCCUCAGCAAAAUCGUCGAUAAAUUCAACAAAUAAAACUUUAUUAAUAAAGUCGUUAUAUUAAUAAUAAUAAUAAUACAUUGCGUGAUGAUGUGAUUUUUCAUUCUAGUCUAAUAGAACACAUUGUGCGUGAAUUUACUCGUAAGAUGUUGCAUCUUUAUAUAUAUAUAUUUACAUUUGCUAUUUCUGAGCAAUUAUUUUUUUAUAUAAUAGUCGAGAGUGUUUGCAAAUAACUAUGUAAUGUUUAUACGUAUUCUCUGUGCAUGUUUAGUAAUUGAAGCAACGUUUCAAAUACUUCAAUUGUGUUACAAAUUAUUGUAUUUUUUAGAUGAAAAAGAAUUUGAUGAAAAUUUAAGGAAAAUUGAUCAUGUAAAGCCAUUUACAAGCAACACACACAAAAAAAAAUGUAU